AUGUUUCGAACAACUCCACCAAGCUUCUUUCGUCAACUGCCCGCUCUCCUUAAGUUUAGGCUUCAUCAACCUCUACCUUUGACCCAACGGGAGUCUACACAAUUGCUCGAACUUCUCACAACAUCAUUCCGACAACAACUUGACUCGGAGCAUGGACCAUCAAACACGAGUACCAAAGUCGAAGCAAUUGAGUCCCAUCAACAGAAUGAAAAUAGCAGACCUAGGCGCCUUUCAGAUUCUGGCUACAGGCACACUGAUCGACAUAUUAAAUCGAUUCUUACGAAUCCUCUUUUCAAGCAAGGAACGCCCAAGAGUGAGCCUGGAUCCACUCAAGAUCCCAUGGAUACAUUUGAUAGAGCUGUCGGACGCGGAAUGAUGACUGUAAACUAUGCAAAAGCCAUCUUGAUAGCCAAGAAGAGACAACUUCAGUCCUCACAUGAAACAUUAGAAGAAAGUAUGAAGAAGUCGGGUGCCGGUCUCAAAAUUCUGAAGUGGUUGACUUCAAGUGGUCUAAACCAGAAUACCGAGUUCUUGUUGGAGGACCGAAUAUUCGGGGUUCUGCUUUUUGAGUUCAUGCGUGCAGAAGGUUACGAAGAAGUUUUCUGGGAGUGGAUAAAUAAAGCCAUGCAUGCUCCCAGCGCUACGAAAGCCGAAUUCCGUGGUCUUGCUCAGCUCCUUUCUAAAAUCGUCAAACUCACCGCCAAGCUAGAAGCAUCUUUCAACGAUUCUUUUUCUAUUUUACUUCGAAUAACAGAUAUGUCGAAAGACCUGCCCUUAGAACAAGUCCAGGACCUUCUCAUAAGUCCCGGGCAACGCGUGUUUCACAUGAUUUUAGAGUCCUCUCGACAAGUGCGAGAAGCUACUUCAUUAGAAUCUUUCAAGACAUUCCAACAAAUUUUACCAGUAUUCAGCAUCCAUGAUGUUGACCUGCAUACUUUAGAUAUUUAUUCUCCAUACCAUCGAUCUGCAAACCAUUUCUUAGAAUUCCUUCGACAACGACUCUCUUCGAUGGAAUCAGAGACUGAGGAUCUCGGAAGACGUUUUGAACAUAAUGGAGCAAAGAAGAUGGUUUCAAUAUCUCUCAUGGCAGCCAAAAUUCUACUUGAGCAAAAUCGGGUAAAUGAUGCAACGUGGAUUAUGGAACGACUGCGCACGAAUUAUCCCAAGCUAUUAGGAAUUGAGGCAGAUAUUCAGGAACGGAAAGAAGUUGAUGAGGCAUCAAGCAUUCAAAUACUGGAGUCUUUCAGCGUAGCCUGA